ACACGGUUCCACAAAGCUUAGAAACAGAGGGGUAAGAAGACAUGAUCAGAGGAGACCCCGACACAGAAAAGCCACACAGAGUAACGCUUCACAGACACACGCUGGACACUGGCAUUGUGGAAGACCAUUUUUCUUGUGAACUAAUAUAGUAACACACAGGGGAGGACGAUAGUGGCCCAGUCUCCAUCCUUCUGCAUCCAUGCCACUGGCUUUGACCACUGCUCUGCUGCUCAGCUCUUGGGGAUGGCUGGGGCAAGCCGCUGUCCCCAGCGACCCCUGGGCCCAGUGCCCUUCUGCCAAGAUGUGUAAGGAUAAAUUUGCAGAUGGAAAAUGUGACAAACAAUGCUCGGAGCCAGAGUGUCUAAGAGAUGGGUUUGACUGCCUGGUGAAGAACAAGUGCGAUGCACAUUACAAACAGUACUGCCAGGACCACUAUGGCAACUCAUACUGCGAGCAUGGAUGUGACAGUGCUCCCUGUGGCUGGGAUGGGAGUGACUGCUUCAACCAGCAAAGCCCUCUCUGGGCAAAUGGUACCUUGAUCCUCCACACCAACAUUCCCACCCAGGAAAUCCAAAGCCAUAACAGGUCUUUGCUGUGGGCCCUCAGCAUUGUCUUACAAACGGCUCUAAAACUGCGGGGUGUUGCACCAUUCUGCUCCAGCAAUAACCUGUUCGACCCUGACCCUCAGAAGCUGGCUGAACUGUUGACUCAGGUGUCUACACAUGAUAAUGGGUCACUAUUAUACCUCCAAAUUGACAACAGACCGUGCUCCAGGCUCCCCUCUACCUGUUUCCAAUGUGCCACUGAAGCAGCCAACUUCCUGCGCAUGCUGAUGACAUUGGAGCAUACAACAUAUCGCCAACUCCCAGAAAUUGAACCCGUCAUUGCUGUGAGGGGUGUGAGUGAAGAACUGGGAGAGCGAGAGAAGUACACUGCAGGAGAGAAUGCAAACACUUCUCCUUCAUGGUUAUGGGCAGUGGUUGGCGUGGCGACUGGACUUGGAUUGAUUCUGGUUAUACUGGUUGCCGUGCUGGUGAGGCGGGCUCGGCAGAGGAGAGAGCCACGGCAGGCAGGGCCGAGGGUGCGACACAGGUCUACAGCUACAGACAGUGGGCAGGAGAGGCAGGCCUGGGCCCAGCAUAUACCACAGAGAGGGGAAAGAAUGAGAGUUGACAAAGAGAAUGGGAAUAAAGGAAUUGGGAUAAAAAAGAAGAAAAGGGGAAAAGAGAACGGGAAGAGGCGCAGAGAGCCACUCGGAGAGGAUGCCAUUAGACUACGGCCUCUCAGAAAAGAAUUGGAUAUAGGAAGUGAUACAGAUAUUACUCAAAGUUCUAUGGAAGACAUCAACGUGAGAAGUUCACACCGACAGGACAAAUCCAUUUGUGACCACCGGCCCCAGGAGCAGAAGCAGUUUCAUGCCACUCCUAGCAGCCCCCAGUCACAGACACAGGGCAGCUACGCAGCUUCACCUGGAGGAUGGGAGAGAAACAGCAGCCCAAACAACAGGAGUCUAAAUCAUAACAAUACUGCUCCAGUUCAGUGGUGUGGUCCAGAUGGAUCUGUGGUCCUAAUUCGCGCAGUCAGGAGUGGUCUUGAUCGAGUGGUUCUGGAAUUGCUGCGUGCUGGGGUGCCGGUCAACAACACAGACCACACUGGGAGAUCUGCCCUUCACUGGGCAUGCUCAGUUAAUCACCUCUCCCUGGCUCGAACUCUCAUUCGCUAUGGUGCAGUGGUGGACCUACAAGACUUCAAGGGUGAAACUGCUCUCUUCCUCUCCGCCCUCCAUGGUUGCUAUGACACUGCCAGGUUUCUCCUCCUCAAUGGGGCUAAUCAGGAUUUGACUGACCGCCGAGGUAGACGUCCACUAGAAGCAGCACAUGAAGGAUUACAUCAUCAUGUCCUAGAGCUCCUUUUGGCUCACAGGUCCCAUAGAGGGCAUGUCUCCAUGGAAGCAGUCAAUGACAUGUUAUGUGAGGACCGCAAUUUAUCCUAUUCCCAAUGGGUUGCACCACCUGGCCUAUCUGGGAGAAGCGCUUCCUUUUCGGGAGUUAUUGGCCAUCGGGAAGCCUUGCCACCUUACCCCAGUGAUUGGUCAGGAGGUAGAGAGCGAUGCGCCUCUCCUCAGAACUGGCGCCCACAACCACUCCAAUCAGUAACUGCAUUGGUCUCUCCCAGAAUCCUUGGACGCCCAUCUCGUCCGAUAAGCACUCUACAGGAAGUAACCUCGGAAGCAGAGGAAGAGGACAACGAAAGGUCCCAGGAAGCUGCUCGGGCAGCAACACCCCACUUCCUGUCCCCCCAGCCUGCACCUAGGCAGCGGUCUUUCUCGUGCACACAGCAUGCACUGCAGCGUCGCUCAAGUGGUGCCCAGUUUGAACACCCUGUUGCAUCACCCGGGAAGCCAACAAAUGAGCAUAUAGAGAUAGUGGUGUCUGGCCCUAUUACCGAAGCCCCCCUUCAGCCGGAGUUUAAGCCAGCUUCUGGCCUCCCCAGUCUGGUUCAAUCAGACUCUGAGGCAAGCAGCAGUAGGAAUUGCAAACAAGAGCAACACGGUGAAAAAAUAAGCAAUCCACAUGCUGAUUCUGAGACUUCUGGCCAAACUGCCCUUUGAGAAAAGAAGACUGACUGGACUCUUCAGUACAGUACACAAGCCUGCUCAAAUUGUUUUGGGCAGCAUUCAACUUGUAUGUAGACCUAGUGCCAGACCUCUAAAAAUCAACCUAGCUCUGCACCCCCUAUACAUCAACAGCAUAGAACAUACAAUUCUGACUGGUUAUGUUUUUGUUUUGUUUGCUUUGUUCUGUUGUUUUGUCAAAAUUUCAUGUUGAAUAUAUAAUGUGUAAAAUUUAAUGAAACCAUAUAGAAUUUUAAUAUUCUCUCCAGGCUUCUUACAUUUGAGCCAUAUUGCACUUCAAAUUCGAAGUUACUAUAAAUAUACAUAAAUAAAGAUAAUUUGACAACUACUGAUUUGACAGCUUCCAUAAAACACUUAGUUGAGAACAUUUUUUAGUAAAUAGGUCAAUAGGUUAAACUACUGGAAGUGGGAACCUGAGAGCACUUCCAGAGGUAAAAAAUAAUAAUCAUAAAGAACUGUUUGAAAAUUA